AUGCUCCUCACGCUACCCGCCACGCUCCUCCCACUCCUCCUCACUCUCACACCCACAACGGCGUACAAACCCCUCUCAGACAGCUUCCUCCGCGCCCUACCCUCUCCCAACAACACCCUCGACGCCAAAGAUGGCGCCCUCCUCUCUCCCCUCCUUAUCCCACGCGUCCCCGGCACCCCUGGUCAAACCCUCGCCCAACAACAUCUCUUCUCGUAUUUCACAAAAGAGUUACCCACCUGGAACCUAACCUGGCAAAACAGCACCUCCGUGACCCCCACAUCCUCCACCCCCCUCCCCUUCGCCAACCUAAUCGCCCGCCGCGAACCACCCUGGGUCGCCCCCGGCCAAUCCAACCUCCUCACGCUCGUUGCGCACUACGACAGUAAGUUGCAUCCAGAUGGGUUCAUCGGGGCAACGGACAGUGCAGCGCCGUGCGCCAUGUUGAUGUACGUGGCCAAGGUGAUAGAUCCUUACAUAACCCGGAUGUACGAGGAGAUGAGUGCAUUAGGGGAGGGCGGGGAUGUGGAUAUGGAUAUGGGUGUUCAGAUAGUGUUUUUGGACGGCGAAGAGGCGUUUGAGGUUUGGAGUGAUAGUGAUAGUUUGUAUGGGGCAAGAGCCCUAGCAACCCACUGGUCCUCCAACUUCAACCCCCCCUCCCCCGCCUCAAAAUUCUACCAAAAUCGCACUCCCCUCUCCCAAAUCAGUCUCUUCCUCCUCCUCGACCUCCUCGGUUCCGCCUCCCCCCUCGUCCCAUCCUACUUCCCCACCACCCACUGGGCCUACGUGCACAUCUCCACCAUCGAGUCCCGGCUACGCAGUUUGAACCUCCUAGAAUCCUCACCAUCCACACCCUUCCUGCCAGAUGUAAAUGGGACAAUGGGGCAUGGAGGGAUAUCAGAUGACCAUCUGCCGUUUAUGGCAAAGGGGGUGGAGAUCUUGCAUGUGAUCCCCAGUCCGUUUCCGGGGGUGUGGCAUACGAUGCAGGAUGAUGGGGAGCAUUUGGAUGGGGCGACGGUGAGGGAUUGGGCUAAGAUUGUGGGGGCGUUUGCGUUGGAGUGGUUGGAUAUGAUGGAGGUGUGGGAUGAACCUGGUGAGAAAGCGACAGCGGGUAGGAGGUGGUUAGCAUAG